UGUGUACACCUAAGAUUGAAAGAAAUGGAGGUUUCAGUUAAGUUCCUUUGCUUUCUCGGCUUGUUUAUGGUUAUUGCAGCAUUUGGAGGAGUUGAUGGUGCUGGGGAGUGUGGAAAUGUUCCCACAGAUAGAAUGGCCUUUAAGAUGGCUCCUUGUGCUGAAGCAUCACAGGAUCCGAAUGCUCAAGUUUCAAGUAGGUGUUGCUCGGCGGUGCAAGAGCUUGGGAAAAACCCUAGCUGCCUCUGUGCUGUUAUGCUAUCAAACACCGCAAGAAGUGCCGGAGUCAAGCCUGAAACAGCCAUAACCAUUCCAAAGAGAUGCAACCUCGCUGAUCGCCCUGUUGGCUACAAGUGCGGAGCUUAUACUUUGCCCUAAAGAGGUGAAGGGAUCCACUGGAGUGAAGGCUAUGUUGCUCUACUCCCGACUCUAAAUAAAAUACCAGUACUGUUGCUGUGUAGUAUGCCUGUACUCUGUGUGAAGCGUGUGUUUCCAUAAAUAAUGAUAAGAUUGGUGUGCGCAGUAUUAGUUGGUAUU